AUGUCUUCCUUGGGUGCCCGCAUCCUUGCGGAGGCCGAGGCCGAAACCGGUUCUGACUUGGAGUCCUUGUGUGAUUCUGACAAAGUGUUCUUGUUCGAUGAGGCCAUGGCGGAUCUUGGCCCGUCGCCCAACUCGGUGUCUGUGAAGCAGAAGAAGAAGCCGGCUCAGAAGAAAACGGCACCCUCUGGAGAUGCUCUGACUGCUGACGAGGUUGCCAAGAUUCAGCAGGGAGUCAAGCAACGCCUGGCCGCUCGUCGCCUGAGAGCUCGGGCCAAGCGCCUAUACCCAUGCACUCCCAGAAAUGUCCGUGUCCCCUCGCGUCGUGGCAGCUCUUCCUCCUCGAGGUCCGUGGCAGUGGUUCCUGUGGCGGUUCCAGUGGAGCCGGUGGCGGUGGCCGUGGUCCCAGUGGCGCCCCGCUACCCAGCCAAAGUGAACAACGAGACGGUAGUUUCGGAGGCUAACACAUUCCAAGCCCCACCAUUCCCCUUUGGUGAUCUCCAUGACCACUGUCGUUACUUGGAGUGGGAUCAUAAAAGGCCCCGCACCGUGGACAUGCUUCAUUCGGACUUGAUUUCGAGCAAGGUGGCGACCCAGGGGGUUUAUGUGCCGGGUACCAAGAUGCUCCAGGAUCCGUACUUGAACAUACUCUUCAUCUGGGACAAGGGUGGCUCGACUUAUUGCACUGCUCGUUUCCAGCACCGCCGAGCUGAGUUGGAGGCUCACGUACAGAAAUACCAAACCCAGGCCCGUCUCAAGGCUCUGAAUGCUGGUCGGGCCGCCUACUUGGCCCAGAUGCGUGCUGGGGUCUCUGAGCCACGAGCCAUCAGCCAUGCCAUUGCCACUCGUCGUAGUAUCCGCAUUGCUGCCAUGGACAAGGCCCAGAUGAAGGCAGAGACUGAGGUGGACCGUCAGUGGCGUAGACGCUUGGCCAAAGAGAAGCUGACGUUGCGCCCCUGGCAUGUCAAACAGAAAAACUCCAAACGCAAGCGUGAGGAGUCGGAAGAAGAGGAGGAGGAGGAAUGA